AAAAAUGAGAACAAAGUGAUUGUUCCUGUUCUCUUUCUUAAGUCACUUCAAAUGCUAUCCGCGGACGAGCGGCUCAUUGUCAGGAGAGUUGCAGCGCGAGCAGGAGGGAGAGAAGCCAGGUACAGGUACAACAGCAGCAGAAGCAGAAGCAGCACUUCAGCCACAGCAUCACAGAAAACACACUCUGCUUUACUCAGCUGGUGAGUUACACACAUACACACACACUCACACACUUGGCUGCAGCCUCACACAAACACGCUUACAUGGCACUGACUGGCAUGCGAGGAGGGGCUUCACUUUUAAUGGAUUGUUUGGAAUGCAUGGAGGGGUAACGCGCAGGCUGGGGUCUCUGCACAGUGCAGGUUAAGUGAGAGAGGGUAAAAACCCGGAUUAUAGCCACAUGGUCAAAACUGACACAGCUCCUUUUAAGUAUCUGAGAGGGGGGGUGUUACACAUGUCAGCAUGCAUCUAACAUGUGAAAACUUUUGUAAAGGCAGAUUCAAACUUUUCUACAUUUUGCAUGAAUUUCUAUGUUCUUUACAUCACUAACAACAAAUGAUGCAUCUCUCUAUUGAUUAUUGAUUUGCUAAUGUGAUUUUUCCUGUCUGGAGGGAGUGAUUCGUACAUUCUCAAACUACAUUAUUGCAGAAACUUCUUUAACUCCAUCAUCCUUCCUCAUCCCUGCUUGUUUUCUUUGAAAUGAUUCAAUCAAUUUUUGUCUGAGUGCACAAAUCUAAUAAUGAUAAAAAUGUCGCAAUUGUUUUCCAAUUAUUUUUCUCACCAGUCAAAUCUACUCACUAAUGAGCUGAAAUUUCUGUUCAAUUUCAGAUUAUAAAUAAAUAAAUAAACACAAAAUAGUUCAUUAUUGAUUUGUCAUUAGACAUUUUUUCAAGCAAAAUAGCUAAAAUUUUCUAAUUCCGUUUUUAAGAUCAUGAUUUUUUUGCCUUUUUUUGGAGAAAACAUCCGUUUGAAGUUGGAAGCUCGGGAAAAUAAGAUGUACUUUUAGUAAUUAAGUUGUCUAUAUAGAGGAUUUGAUUAUAUUCUGUCAUUUUAAGAUGAUUGGAUAUCUUUCAAUUAACAGUGAAAGCGUAGGAAAAGUUGAAAAUUAAAAUACUUGGAAAUUUCAGCCCUUCAUGCAUGUAUACUCUGUGUUUUUUCACACAAAACCUGAUAUUCAGAAACCUAAAAACUGUCACAGAUAAGCUUGCGGUCUAUCUAUAACAUAAGAUCGAUAUGGACGACUGCAGUUUUUUAAUGAUAAGCACUGAACUAUUUACAGUAGUAGAGCAGAUAUGUAGGACACCACCAAACAUGAUUCAUGCAGAAGUACAACAGUUCCCCUCUAAGUCUCACCACCUUUCCCCCCAUGAGCAUCAUCUGCACCAAAGUGAGCACAAACUGCAGCAAAGAUGUUAUUUAUAACUGUGUGAUAUCUGCUCAUGCACACUGACACACUGAUCACUUCUUUAAUCCGACCCAAACUUUAGGCUGCUCACAUCGACCCAGGUUGAAACAAUACGAUCACUGUAAGAUCGGUAAAAGAGAAAAAAGGGAAGUUCUCCCUGGUUAUCAGUAAAAAAAAAAAAAAAAAAAGAACAGAGCAGAGAGAAAAAGACAUGGAGAAGCAAAACGAGUGCGUGAGGUAUAGGUGAGCAUUCACAGAUACUUCCUAAUUUCAGAAGAGGAGAAGAUCGGUGAGAAAGGAAGAAGUGAGAAGUUUCAGGUUAAACAAGAAAACAAGGGUGAUGGUAGUACAAUGUAAGUAUUGUAAGCGUGUACCUAGUCACAUUACCUGUAGUCACAUUACUUCUACAAAACCCCCAGAGAAGCAGUUUCAUAUCACACUAAAAAAUAAACCAGAUGCAAAGGUAUCAGUUGUACUUUUGUCAAAAGUUUUUUGUUUUUUUCGUGGGCCUUCAGGGUAUUUGGUUCUGCAAGUAUAAUUCAACAGAAAAAAGAGGUGAAGGUAAGGUAAGAAGUGAGGAAGCUGGGUUUGAUUUGGAAAGUCUACCACUUAUCGUGCAGAUAUUGUGAUCAGUUACCACUGAGGUAAAGACUUACACUGUAAAUUAUUUUGUAAAUAUGUUCAUGAAAAGUUGCUUAGAUUAAACCAGUGAUUCCUCGUUUUGAGGUAAAUGCAGACCUUUGCUGUUGUGGAGUAAUGCACUGUACAUUUUUUACAAAGAAAGGAAAAUUUAAUGCUUCAGAAUCAGAAGUAUCAUUUCUUUUUACAUGCAUUUGUCUCGUGCAUUGUCUGCAUGUCCUGCAAUGCAGCAAGACUGUCAAUAGUUGAGUCGGACUAUUGGGUGGGUUUAGAUGCUGUUUCUUGUUUGGACCGGUUGUACACAGCAUACAGCCCCCUCUGGAGCCACAAAAGGCUUUUACAGGUUUUUCCACAUGUCCAGUAGAGGUACUGACCAUGACUGUGAAAACACCUGGAUGUUUUAAAAAUAGGUGGAACUUUCCUUUCUCUUCGUUUAGAUGAAGUAACCCAUCUGAAAACUCUAAAGACUUUGAACUAUGUGUUCUUUUUUUUUAAGGCAGAGAGAAAAUGGAAACAGACAGAGUGAAUUUCCCACCAGCAAGAAGUCCGCCUUUCAGAGACCAGCUAAGACAGGCAUCUCGGCACAGUUUCUACCUAAGCCCACCUCCCCUCUAUAUGAAACCCUCAAAAUUCACCCCUCUUGGAUACCCCACUAGAGACACCUACAGCGCAUUCAGCCCGUCUUCUUUCUUUCCCAUGCUCGGCCCUGGUUAUGCAGAAAAGGAAGGAUCCCAAAAACGUAAAAGAACUCCUCUAAAAAUGGACGCGCAGGGCUGUGAGUCCCCUGACAGAGGAGCAGAGGAAGAUGAGGAAAGCAGCAGUAAGAAGACAGUCAACCUCUCCCACAAUCCUUUCUCCCUCCCAUCCCCUCCUCUUUCCUCCCAGUCUCCAAAGCUCAUCCCUGGUAUGAUCGAGCUGAACAGACUGCAGCUCCAUCACAGAUCACCAGGUAUGACUCUACCUGUGCAGGUGAAACAGGAACCUCUCAGCCCCUCCCCUGUUUGGCCUCCCUCUCCUCUCCUCCUCCACCCUCCUUACUUCCCAUCACUCCCUCACAGCCUCCUCCCUUACCCGUUGUUCAUGCCCGGCCCCGUCAUGCACCUCUCUCCUGGCUCAUUCUACCCAAGAGAGGACCUCCAUCCAAGGCAUCGCGUCCGAGACGGACCCUCUCAAGGUGGGAUGACCAGUGCAGAGAAGCUCGGUUUGAACAUCCACGUGGAUGACAGUUAUUAUGUGGACGUGGGUGGAGACCAGAAGAGGUGGAAGUGCCGUAUGUGUGAGAAGUCCUACACCUCCAAGUACAAUCUGGUCACUCACAUCCUGGGGCACAACGGCAUCAAGCCGCAUGGAUGCCAUUUGUGCGGGAAGCUGUUUAAGCAGCUGAGCCACUUGCACACACACCUGCUCACACACCAGGGCAUGAGGCCGCACAAGUGCCAGGUGUGUCACAAGGCCUUCACUCAGACCAGCCACCUGAAGAGACACAUGAUGCAGCACAGCGAUGUUAAGCCAUACAGGUAGAGCAAGUCUCACUCUGCUUUUGAUCGCUCAUGUCACUCUGUCUUAAUAUUCGUCCUCACCCUCAUCUUAUCUCUCCACAGCUGCAGUGUGUGCGGCAGAGGUUUCGCGUACCCCAGCGAGCUUCGCGCCCACGAGUUAAAACAUGAGAAAGGUCAGGAAAAUGUUUGUGUGGAGUGUGGUCUGGAUUUCCCAACGCUGGCCCAGCUGAAGAGGCAUCUGACGGUCCAUCGUGGCCCCACACUGUACAGGUGAGCAGAAAAGACUAUAUUUGAUCUCUUAAAUCAGUGUGAAGGGUUAAUUUUCCAAUUUAAAGCUCCUGUCAGGAAUUCUUUGUUUGUGUCCAUUUUGGCGCCCCCUGUGGACAAAUCAUGUAUUGCUUAUCUUGUUCUUUACAUGCUUGAGUAGCAUCUUCUGACUUCUGGCUGCCAAAUAUCAGUUAUUGUGAAUACUGAUGGUCUUUUUUGCUUUGAGAUAUCAUAAAAAUGUAUUAGUUUGAAUUUAAGUCUGUUUCAUCAAUGUCAAAAAUAAAACUUCUCAUAGGAGCUUUAAACAUGAUCCCAAAAUCAUAACAAGAACAUAUACCAAAAUGCUAUGCUAAACUAAAUCAACCUAUUAGUUCUAUCUCUGUUAAGCUCUUAUUCCGCAUCUCUUGGUCCUGCAGGUGCACAGAGUGCCAGAAGACUUUUCAGUACCCGAGCCAGCUUCAGAAUCACAUGAUGAAACACAAAGACAUCAGACCGUACAUCUGCAGUGAGUGUGGGAUGGAGUUUAUCCAAUCACACCACCUGAAACAGCACACACUCACUCAUAAAGUAAGUGCCAUAUGGAGGAUGAACUUAAUGUUUUCCAUUUUUGGCAUCAAACACAGUUAUUGUGUUUCCAAGAUUAUGAGCACGUUGUGGAUAGUGAAUAUAAUGGACAGUUAAACAAAAUAGGUUUAAUUGAACUAUUUCAGACACUGUUUCUGACAUAAACUCAUUUGUUAUGCUCGGGAUCUUGAACAGAGGAGCGGGGUUUACGUUCAUCUAAAUUUUGAGCCCCAGGAGCCUCCUCUUGUAACCACUAUCUUCUUACACCACCACUUCCACAUUCUGUUGUACUUCAGGGAGUGAAGGAGCACAAGUGUCGCAUCUGCGGUCGUGAGUUCACCCUGUUGGCCAACAUGAAGCGCCACGUCCUCAUCCACACCAACAUACGGGCUUACCAGUGCCACAUGUGCUUCAAGAGCUUCGUCCAGAAACAAACCCUGAAGGCGCACAUGAUCGUUCACUCUGACAUCAAGCCCUAUAAAUGCAAGGUUGGUGCAGCAUAUUAUCAAAGAUGUGGACUUGGUUAUCAUUGAUUAAAGGACAAAUCUAACAUUUUUAGGGAGAGGCUUCCUUGGCCAGAGCAUGAUGUAGAGCUGUAUAGAAUGAUAAAAUGGUAAAAAUGUUAAAAUAAGGAAAGAAAGUCUAUUGGGGCGCUCACACCAAGCAAGAGUAAAAUCAUCCACUCGCUUACUUCGCGCGAAUCUUGACGUUUGAAUGAAUUGUAUUUACUCGCUUCAUUUGCGCUUCAACGGUAAUUCCUGCCAAUUCAACCAGCAGGAUCAAGUGAUAGAUAAACGUUUUUUACAAUUUAAUAGGGAAUCUGACCUCCUCACUCACUUGCCUUCAGGCGAGUUUCUUUUUAUUCCAGUUUCGGUAAUUGAAAGAAAAGGUGUCAUAUAAUUCGGGGCACCCACACACCAACACAAUCAGUUUGUCCUCCAUUUUCGAUACCAGUGAACCACUGUCCGUUGUCAUAAAUCACCCAGUAACCUUCAUGCUGAUUAGUUAUCGUGACGCGAAUACUCGCUCAAGUUGAGACGUAUUCAACUUCGCCCAAUCGCGUCAUUCGCACCACCAGAGUAGUUGGAGCGUCUAAUCACGUCUUUACAUUGACUUAACAUGCAAAUGAUGAAUGAUUCACGCGAAUGAUUUUACUCAUGUUUGGUGUUUGGAGACAGUAUGAGCCCUAGCCUUGUACUCUUAAUUGCACUUAGUAGUAGUAGAGUUGGAAAUACACUCAUCUAACUCUGAAUAGAUUUUGUCUUAGGUUUACCGACUGUGGGGCCCAAACUAGCAUGUUUUGGAAGAUAUCACUCUAAUUCUCCAAACUAAGAUGUUCAGCUGAAUGCAUCAAAACUCCAGGUGUAACCUUUGCUCAGUCUUUACUGAUGAGGCUAAACCUGUUGUUCUUGGUAUUAGCUGUUAUCUAAGGAUCUCCCCGCUCUUCUGAAGCAUCUAUUUUGACCUUGGUGUUUGGUAUGAAGACUCAGACGAUGACCAGAUAGCAAAGAGGCUUUUUGGCAGUAGGACCCUCCUCGCCCAUAGGAAGGAUAUCGCCGCACAAACUGCCUCUCUAACAAUGGCCCGCCAGCCUCCCCGGAGAACAGGGCCCUCAAAUAGAUUUCAUCUCGCUUUCUCUGCUGCUGGAGGGAGCUUCCUGUUUUCUCACGGUCCUCUUGGACAGUUUACAGUCCCUCUCUCCUCCUGAAGGAAAGGACCACCCUAAUAAAAAAGAAUGCAGAGGAAGGACAGCACAGGAGUAGCCCUUCCCUGUUCUCCUCCUGGCUCUGUCUCCAUGUUGCUUCCUUUCUCUCUCUGUUUUUCUUGCGUGUGGGUCAGGGAGUAAGAGGGGGGGAGACAAAGAGGAAAAGAGGAAAACAAGGAUAGAAGGAGGGUGGAAGGGUGUGUGCCUAUGCAUAUCUCAAUGCCUGCACAUUCAUUCAUGAUUACGUUUCGCUACAACUCAGCAUUCUCUGAAAAUUAGUCACCAACUAGGAGUUUUUUCGCAGAAAAGAAAAAAAAACAGAGGUGUAUUGUUUAAGGCUAUUGUUUCUUUUUCCUCGAAUAGAUUUUUUUUACUAAAGUCAUUCAGUUUAGGCUGUAUUACCUGCUGACAGUCAUUCAGUUUAGGCUGUAUCACCUGCUGACAGCACUGUUCAUUAUUGUUUACUGCACUUAGGGGCCUUAGCAGGAGCAUUGGAGUUUCUUCUUUUUCAGCUAUAUGACAGCUGAAGUCAUUUGAUCAUUUUCAGGUUGAGCUACAACGCAAAAAAUCGGAUCAUUUCUCUGAACUUGUAUAGACUUUAAGAUUUUCUAAAAUGUUUUUUUAUCAAACAAUCAGAAGGGCUUUCCCCCAAAACUUUGACUUUAUUAGCUGCUAUAAUUGUCACUAGAAGCUUGAUCCUGCUUGAAGGCUUAGCUUAGCUUAGCUUAGCCAAAUCACUAGAAACAGAGUGAAAAGCUACCUUGUUUCAAGUAAGAAAAUAAAUCAAAAAAGUUAAAGUGGUGGAUCUUAUUUAUGUGGUAUGUGUUAAGUGUUAGGGGGGCUCUAACAAGUUCCUAUAUCCUAUAAGUAAGGGUGCGUAGCUCACUCACAGGGGAUACGCUGUUUGAGCCGAGCGUCAUCGCAGUGACUCUCGGCGACUCUCCCACCGAGUGCUUACAACGCUACUGCGCAAUGUUGGUUUCUAGAAACAGAGAAAAAUCAUGGAAAUACCUUGAGCUUUUCGGCUUCAAAACCGUUUACUGGUGGAAGGUGAAACCAAGUUGUCCUUAGUAUAUACAGUCUAUGGCUAAAAUAUACAGGAUUCUUUUUAAGCGUGUUCCAUCAGCGCUGCGUGUCACGCAGCAAACAGGCUGCCAUUCUAAUCGAUGCAGCAUCGCAUACAGGACGCAUCGCAGUUCCAUAUGGGAAGCGCGUCAAGCGCGGCUCUGCUAAAGAUUCACGCCAAGUCUAUUUUUGCUGCUCUAUGCAACCAACACUCAUCAAUCCACACAGAGAAGAUCGUUCUAGACAGGAAGUCAAGCACGAAAACCGGGCAUGCCAUCUGGUAAAUUUCAAAAUAAAACACCAUACAAGGACUCCCGACUGUGUAUGAGUUUGUGUAGAUGAGAAAUACUUCCUGGUUAUGGAUCUAUCAGUAGAGGCUCAACGGUCACUGAAUUAUAUCCAAAUUAGGAGGAAAUAGACCACAGAAAGGUAAAACAACCUCUUGUGAACAUGUUGCCAUUUCUGAAAUCUGAAGAGGCAGAACCUGCUGUACCCUGAACUUCUUUUUAUAGCAGACUCAAAAAGUGAGUCAACACCAAGUGGUAACUUUUGAUAUGAAAUAAAUGAAGCCAGUGAGUAAAUGCUAAACCUUGCAGUCCCUUGGGCGUCCACUAGGGGCUGUCCCCAAAGUCCAGGACACCCAAUGAACAUCCAUGUGAAAAUGCUUAUCUUUACAGCAGAAAUAAACAUGCCUGACCCUUUCAUUCAACUGUGGGCAUGCCCGUCUCUGAUAUAGUUUGGUGUUUGUAUUGUCUUGUAUUGUCUUGUAUGGUCUCUCACCCACUUGCACGAUUCUCUUCUUUGUUUUUGCAGCUUUGUGGAAAAGAGUUCAACAGGAUGCACAACUUAAUGGGCCAUAUGCAUCUCCAUUCAGACAGCAAACCCUUCAAAUGCCUUUACUGCCCGAGCAAGUUUACACUGAAGGGAAAUCUUACCAGACACAUGAAAGUCAAACAUGGCGUCAUGGACAGAGGGCUGGAUGAAAGAUGUAAGCUUGCACAUAUUUACCAUGCACUAUUCCUACUUUAAGCUUGAGUUGAUGUUUGAUGCGAUUUUUUCUGUAACUACAGUGUUCAGGCAAAGAGGGCGAUACUGCUUAUCCUCUCCAAUGGGCCUCCUCACCCGCUUCAGCCAGGAGGAGCCCUUUGACCUCUCUCAAAAGCCUCCAGGCCUCCCCAGCCUCCGUCUGUCACAGUCCGAUGGCGAGAGUGUCCCUGGAAGCUCUUGCCAGGAGGAGGAUGAGGAGAGUUUGUACAGGAGGAGCCCGUACAGCCCUGAGGUGGACCAACAGGAACCAACACGCAGGGACCGGUACCCAGAGCUGGAGGAGAGAAGUCAGGGGUCUCUGGGUGAAAGAAGACAAGAGGAGAAGCAGAAGCAAAUGUAUCAGGAUAGUUUAGAUGAAGAGAUGUAUGAGAAAGAGUCAGAGGCAGGGAGACACUCUGUAGGUCCCAGAGGUGAGCAGGUACACCUCUUAGAGUCAGAGGAGAAUCCUGAGAUGGUUUAUGACUCUGAAUCAGAGAUGGGAGAUGACCAUGACACAGACUGCGCCCGGUUGUAUGAUUCUGACUCAGAUUCAGAGUUAGAUGUUCACCAAGAGCUAGACGAGGAAGAAGAAAGCGAGCAGCAGAUUGAUGAUUUUUGUGGCGAAGAGAACAGUGAGGGCGGGACGAACCAGAGCCAAUCAGAAACAAGUGAAUUAAUGAGAGAAAGAUAUGCACAAGAUGAUGAGGGAGAAGACGCCAAACAGUAAUAAAGUUUCAGGGCUGUUUUAAAAGUAAUCUGAUCAGAUUGAAGCUACUUGACUUGCUAAAAUUUUAGGAGCGGCUUGUCUUACAGGGAAAAAAAAACUGAUCAUGUUUUUGUUUUGAUCCAGGUAAAACCUCCAGUUUGAGUUGUUGUGAUCUUAUCCAGUCUUUCUUAAAAAAGCAAGUCAGAAGUAAGCUACAUUACUUGAUUCUGUAUCGGAAAAGUGCGUUUCCGAAUCUGUACUUUCUUAUUCAAAUGACGUCUUUUGAAUAGUCGGACCUAGAGCAGGGUUUAAAGAAGAUUUAUGUUUGAGGCAAGUCUUACUGAUAGAGGGAGAGGAAAGUGUGAGAUUUCUCCAACUGUUUGUGGAGGAAGUGCUGUAUUAUUUUAGCCAGAAAUAAUCAAAACAUAUCAUAUUUGCUCAUGAUGCACAAGUUACUGACAUAUAAAGCUGUGAAGCAUUCUGCAUGUAGAAAACAUAUCAUAUAUGUGUUCAAAAACACACUGAUUAGUAAAUAUGCAGCAUAGUUAGGCUUUUUUGUACAUAAAAUGAAAAUAAAUAUUUAAUUUUUCAGAAAAUAAAAGUAAUAUUGAUCAGAAAUGUAAUUUUCUUUUAACUUACUCUUGUCUUUAAUGUAUGUUUAUGAUAUGAAAGGAAAAAUGUGCUAUUACUUAAUCUGCUGUGUAUGUUUUGGAAAGAUUUUCUACUUUUUCUUUGUGUUGGUUGGAUUUAUUUGAGAAACUGAAACUUUUUAAAUGUUGAGAUUUUUUUAAACCUUGGUUUGCGCAGUCUUUGGAGGAUGGUGUAAACUCUUGCUGUGUAAUGGUGGACAACAACAAACUGCUAAAUAAAGGCUGAAAUGCAUGAACCUUUA